AUGAAAUCAAAUAGAAGCAAAAGCAAAGAUUAGGUUUAAAAAAAUGUCAAAUGUAGAAAGUUUAUUAUCUGUAGUUAUAGAAAUCGAAUAAUAAUCUUGGUAAGAGGGAUUAUACAGAGAGGAAGGAGUUAUAUUUAGAGAAAAUAACUUACAACCAAUAAAUUUUUUGUGGAAUAGACAAAAGAUAAAUAGAUAAAAUAUAUUGUGGAUAGAAAUGUAUUGAGAGAGUAAUUUAUCAUUCAUGAAUAAAUUAGAUAAUAAAUCAUUGACGUUAAAGUUUAGCCUGAAAUAAUGAGAAACUUAGAAUAAGUCAAAUAUCUCAAAUGGGAAGGAGAGUUAGGAAUGAAUAAAAAAAAUGGAAUGCUUUUUGGAGAGGAACUAAUUUACAUAUUGGAGGAGAAUAGUUUAUUUUAUUAGGGUAAAAAAUGGGAGGUGGAUUGAAAUACAUGAAAAUUAUUUUAAGUUUUUGAAGUAUUUAACAAUUAGUCUAUGAAAUAUAUAAUAUUUGGGAUAAUAUAAUAAUGGAAAGAAAUAAGGAAAAUGGAUCAUUUAAUUUAAAUAUAUAGACUAUUUUUAAGAAUAUUAAAAAAUGUAAUAUGAAUAUAAACUUAUUUUAGAGGGGGAGGAUCAUAUGAUGUAAAUGAAAUAAUGAUGGGAAGGUGAAUUAAAUUAAAUGACAAUUUUAAAGAGUAUAAAUAUAUAGGAAUAAUAGCACAUCCUAAACUAUUUUGGAAGGUGACUAUGUUUAAGGGAAAAAAUAAGGAAAGUGGACAAUCAAAUUUAGAUUAAAUGAAAAGAAUAGAUUUAAAAUAUUCUAUUUAUCUGUAGAGGGAUAUUUAGAGGAGGAGGAGCUUAUGAUAUUCAAGGAAGAAAAAAUGGCAAAUGGAGAGAUACAAAUCAUAAUUUCUAGAUAUAAAUUAAUAAUUUUAUCCUUUACAAUUAUAGAUAACUAAAUGAUUGAUGAUGGAGAAUAUAAAAACGGAAAAAGAAAAGGGAAAUGGAUAGCAAAGUACAGGUAUCAAAUAAAUGAACCUUUUACUUAAAUAUAAUAGUUUUAUUUAUAUUUUAAGUGGUGAGGGUAUUUAUGAUGAUUCAGAAAUAAAAAAUGGAAGAAUGGGAAGAAAUUUUUUAAAACUUUCAAAAGUAAUAAACUUAAACAUAUUUUAAUUAGUUCAUGCAAAGUGACUUUGGUUAGAGAUUAUUUAAAAGGAAAUAAAAAAGGGAAAUGGUAUAUUUCAUAAGAUAUUAGGAAAAAUAAAAUUUUAUAUAAAUGUUUAAUAUUUUUUAUAAAUUUAGUGGUGGAGGAACUUAUGAUGAAAAAGGAUUUUAAAAUGGUUAAUGGUCGGUAUUAACUGAUAAUUUUAAAAUGUAAACUUUUUUCUAAAAGCAGUUCAAAUUAAAUAAUUCUGAAAGGAAAUUAUUUAUAUGGUAAGAAAUUAGGCGAAUGGGAUACACUUUAUAAAAAGAAUCCACAAUUAGAGUUUUAAAUUAUGUUAUACUUAAUUUUUUUUAUUUUUUCUAGUGCAGGAGGCCUUUAUGAUGAAAAUAGUUUCAAAAAUGGUAAUUGAAUUGAUUUGGAUUUUCGUUUUGGUUUUGGGCAAAAUUAAGUAAUUUUAAAGGGACAAUAUAAAAAUGGUUUUAAAAUUAAUCAAUUUUAAGAAGAGAUUUCAAAUAAUGUCUGAUGAUUAUAAAACAUGCAUUAAAUUAAGCAAGAUAAAAUAAUUUUAUAAGCUUUAACAUUUAAAAUCAUUAUCAUAUAAAGGAUCUAAUUAGAAUUUGUAUCAAAAUUUCCUUAAUAUAUGA